AUGAUUGACUUAAGCUUCCUAACAGAGGAGGAACAAGAGACAAUAAUGAAGGUGCUGCAACGGGACGCAGAGCUUAAAAGAGCUGAAGAAGAGAGAGUCAGGCAUUUACCAGAAAAAGUCAAUGAUGAUGUUCAGCUAAAGAACAUGAGUGGGCAGUGGUUUUAUGAAGCAAAGUCAAAGAGGCACAGAGAUAAGAUACAUGGAGCAGAUAUUAUUAGAGCUUCCAUGCGACGGAAGCCUGCCACUCUUGCUGAUGUGAGUCAGAACACAUCAAACAAAGCAAAGAGCAGCUGGGUGAGCAAUGUUAAUAAAGAAGUCUUUGUGCCACCAGAACUACAUGGCAUUGUGGAACAUCAAGAAGAAGAACUGAAAUCCAGUUCAAGUUCUAAACCAGUAACUUCUGUGUUAGACAUACCAGACGAAAGACCUAUGAAGACAGCAGUCUCACCAGCAAAGCAAAGGAGGAAUCCAUUUAAUUCCACUGCAUCAGGUGAUAACUUGAACAGUGAGGAAUCAGAAAACAGACCAGCUGUUCUACCUCAGCUCUCAAAGAAGGAAAUUUUGUCACCCUCGGAAGACAGCCAACCUAAGCCAAACUUACAAAAUGAUGAAACAGAGAAACAUAAGAAGCCUUCUGGACAACCUACUGAUGAAUCACAGAAAGGAAUAGUUAAGCGUCCUGUCCCAAAAGCUAGAAAAUUAAUUCACAAAGCAAUAGAUCCUGUGUCAGAAAGAGAAGACUUUCUUCCCAAACCAGCCAAAUGGACUGAGAGGAUUAAUGGCGUCGGUACACCCCCCAGGGGCAUUCUGAAGCGCAGCUCAAGUUCAAGUUCCACUGACUCAGAAGUUCGUGUUAGUCAGAUGUUAGAUGUUCAGAAAAAGAAUGGUCUUCCUUCUGGGACUAUCUUUGAAGGAGAAGCUGAGAAGAACUCUCUUAUGGAAGAGGCAGAAGACUCCACACAAAUUUCACUGGAAAAACUAAAACAAGUGAGGUUCUCAUCUAGCACAGGUAAAGGAGAACCUCUACAAAGCCCACAGCUACACCAUGGCAGAGAAACAGGAGAGUUUGAUUUGUUAGAAUGUGAUGAAAUAAAGCGUAGUGGAAGUGAUGCAAUUAGAUCAGAUUCAUUUGGGAAUAAGGAAACUUCUGCUGUAAAGCCUUUGGGAACCUGUUCAUCAGCUUUACAAGUAAAACCAGCAGAUGGCUUCCGAGAAGGUACUUUGGCAACCGGCCCUUGUGACACUAAUAGGUCAGUCUUCCUGGUUAAUGAAACCUCACAGACAAAGACAGUUACUCCAGAGAAACUUGAAACUCCCCAGAAGACCUCCAGCAAUAUCCUGCCAAAUAGCAGUAAAGAGCUGAGUGUUGAUGAGACACGUGAAAAUAAAUCCAACCCGUUCUUGAGCCGUGAAUCGAAGUCACACAAAACCUUUACUGAUGAACAUCAGCUUUCUGCUGCACAUGAGGUGUCAAAUACUACUUCUACAAGUCUUCAACAAGGUAAGCCCGAUCUUGUUGAGGAGCAAGAUGCUAAAACCACGUUCAAGCCUGACAAACAUGCUGAUGAACCCACAAAAGUGGCCAAUGAAUCUGUAUCAAAAAAUUUAGCUUGGUUUAAAAGUUCUGGUACUGAAGAUGACAAACAUGUAUCAGCCCGAUACCAAGGCAGGGAACCCAAAGAGGAGAUGGACUUCUUAUCCAGAGCAGCUACAGAACACAGUGGGCCUGGUAUGGAUGGAAAUAGAGGAGUUAAAAAAGAGUUACCAUUUGGAAAGAUUAAGCAACAAAAUAGCAUCUCACCUACAGCAUUUAUUUCUGAAGAUACGCAACUGGUAAAAGAGAGGAUGAAACCUAAGAAUGGGGAAGAGAAUGAGGAACAAAAUGACAAAUCACUAAUUGAAUUUGACUGUACAAGAGUUAAAGAAAGAGAGCAUGGUCAAGAAAUCAAGCAACAAAAUAAAAAAUCAAGUCUCUUGGAACAUCAGGUACACAAGCUGCCUGCUCAGAAAUGUGAAUCGGAGAAGGCAAUACAGGAAAGAAAAAGAAUAAAGGAGAUCAGAGCAUUUUGGGAAAGGGAUAAAACUAUCCCUAGUCAUGCAGGGAAAGAAGAUAGUGUCACUACUAAUGCAUCAGGUGGCAGUGCAUUGAGAGGUCGCAGGGAAAGUGACAAAAUAAAAGCAACUGCAGUAAACCUACCUAAUAGAUUGAGUGAUCACAGCAAGGAUAUGUUAAGAAAUGCUGAACGAAGUUGUGGAAGCCAGGCUUCAAAAAAUGAACAUCAAAACUCUUUUGAGUUUGGACCAAGCCAUGCAGUUGAAAAAAUACAAAAACCACUUCCAUCUGAUGAAGUUCAUGAAUAUGCAAAAUUGCCAAAAGCCAGUAACUUGCAACCAAGAGUUGGUGCCACUUCAGCGUCCCCAGAAAGCAAAGACAAAGAUGAGAAAGAAACACUUAAAGGAAAAGUUGCAGCUUGUUCCCAACAGAAGCCCAGGUUCCAAGUUUUGUCUUUAAAAGAAAAAAUGAAUGAAAAGCCCAAGAAUCAAAUUUCAGAUCCUUCGCAGUUCAAGAGUUUGAGAAAAUUCUGGGAUACUGGAAUUAAAUUACAGAAUAGCAUUGAUAGGGGAGAUGCUUCUUUGCCAAAUAAUGCUAAUUCAGUAACCUGUGCAAGAAAAUCAAAGGAAGAUAAAAAAGGCAGAGAAAAUGUGAGCAAGGAAGAGUUAAUUCGACAACAAACCCAAACAUCUGAGAGAAAAAACCCACAGAAAUUAGGCUCUGUGCUAUGUGAACCACCUGUAGGAUCACCUGCCUUGAAAGGUGUGAAUGUGACACACACAAAAUGCACAGACACUGUCCAGCUGGACAGAAAAACAGUCAUUUCAAAACCCCAGGGAAAGAUGGGCCUCACAGAGGAGGGAGUUAAAGAAUAUAUAGAAAAAGGUAUUGUUUCAUCAAAAGAACAUCAGGUUUCCUUGCAGUUGCUCCAAUCGCUGGGUGCUAAAGAUGCUUUAAAGGAGGCAGCAGUAGAUGAUUGGCUGUGGUCACCUAUAGGAAAAGGGGAGAACAAGACUGUUCUCUGUUCAUCUGAGGGAGCCUCAGAUGUCAGUCUCCCCAAAGAGGAGGUUGCAGAGACUGUGGAUAAGGUGAUUCUACAUAAAGCUGAUCUCGAUGUAUUUACAUUAGGCCUAAAGAGGUUAGAAAAGGAAGCCCCUGAGAUGUCAUCUUGCUUGAACUUAAAAGAAAACAUUUUGAAGGGGACAGAUUUUCACUCAAAUGAGUGCAAGGUCUUUGAAGGAACAGUACAACAGAGCCAUGACACUUCUCCUGCUGAUGAAAAAGAAGAAAUGAGUGUGCCAUCAACAGAUGAGCAUGAAAACAAAAAAAGCCUCAAGAAACUAUUUAGGAAAUCUGAACCUCUCUCUCUACAACAUCAGGAAGCAGGCAAGGAUGAUAUUGUUAACCGUUCUCAGAGGCCUCAAGCUGUUUUGGAGACACUGCUCAGAGAAACCUUUGCAUCUCAACCUUCUGAAUGUAGAAGGGUGGAAAUGAAAACAUCCAAUGACAGAAAUAGCAUAUCACAAACCAAUUCUAGUGUAGAAACAACAUCCCCAAAAGAUACUGGACAACCUGAAGAGGUCAAUGAGACUGUGGAAAA